UUGGCUCAUUUUACACUACACUGAUCUCUCUUACGUUUCAUUGCUGUGUGCGCGUUGAUUUAAUCCACCCACCUGGUCAUCUUCUGCUUUCGUCCAUCUCUUUGCAGAGCUCUCAGUUGGCAAACCAGUUAACAUAUCACCCCAUCCGUGUUUACUCUUUUCUCCUUUUUGCUGUUUCGCCCUGUUCACACGUUUGUGCUUUGCCUGCGCUUUCACUGAUUCUGCUCUUUUCCUGCCCUUUCGUUGUUCCCUUUUCCCCAUUCUGAGUCAUACCUUUGCCUCCCCUUUUGGGCAUUGCGCGAAAUUUAAAAAAAAAAAACACGAGGAGAGCAAAAUGGCGGAAGAAGAAUACUCAUGGGACAGCUAUUUGAACGACCGACUGUUGGCCACGAACCAGGUGUCGGCCGCGGGGUUGGCAUCGGAGGAAGACGGAGUUGUGUACGCCUGCGUGGCGCAAGCAGAUGAGAACAACCCCGAGUUUGACAAGUGGACCCUGUUCUACAAGGAGGACUUCGAAAUUGAGGUGGAGGACGAGAAUGGAAACAAAAACAAAAAAACGAUCAACGAAGGACAGACGCUGCUAACCGUGUUCAAGGAGGGCUACGCACCCGACGGAGUGUGGCUAGGAGGAACCAAAUACCAGUUCAUAAACAUAGAGAGGGACCUGGAAUUCGAAGGCUACACGUUCGAUGUGGCGACGUGCGCCAAGCUGAAAGGCGGGCUCCACCUGAUCAAAGUCCCAGGGGGAAAUAUCCUGGUUGUGCUUUACGACGAGGAGAAGGAGCAUGACCGAGGAAACUCCAAAGUUGCCGCCCUGACGUUUUCAAAGGAGCUGGCCGAGAGCGGCGGCCAGUAA